CGACUCUCCUCUCCUCCUGCAGCAUCCGUGCCUCGUCCAUUACUGCCGUCGCCGGCCAUCGCCGCCCAAAACCCUUCAUCGCUGCCCAGCGCCGCCCAUCGCUGCCCAGAGCUUUUUGUAUUUUUGUUCUACUAUCUCUCUGACCGUCCCCCCUGCCGCCCGGUUGCUGGUGCUCAGUGCUCAUUGCCGCCGUCGAUUCACAACUCCGAUUGCUCGGUGCCGCCGUCGAUUCACAAACGCAAACUGGGCUGAGGUGCCGUCGAUCACAAACAGGAAUCGACGUUUCCGUGCUCGGCGCCGCCGUUUUCGUGCAACACGAAUAGUCGAUUCAGCGUAAAGGGUCGGGUCCAACCCAUUGACAAUCCAUACAACUUAUUGCAAGUGUUGAUGCAAAGAUUCAUUGGUUGGUGAAAGGCUUUUGGAUUCAUUAAGAGUUUCGAAACGUUGCUUGGAUGGAUGCUCUGCUAGGGUUUAAUGAAACCACAAGCGAUAUGGUCGACCGAUCUUCUGGCUACAAGAUGGUGCCAUGGCUGAGCUGGGUCGAAUGGGAAUUCGUCCAAGCGUCUCUCUUCUCUUCUUGUCCGCAAUCCAUUUCCUCUGCCAUUCGAAGAAUAACGGCAUGGCGGAGCAGAGGGUGUCUUCCAGUUGCUAUAGAAGUCACUGCUGCACUUAUUGAGGUUCAGCAAAAAGAUCCUUAUUUCAGUGAACUGGUUUUUGUUGAUGCCAGAGUUGACAUCGGGAAUGAUGGUUUGGGCUCAGAGGAGAUGCUGGCCAUGCUGUAUUGCAUGGCAAUCAUGAGGCUUGUGAAUGGUGUUGUUGAGAAGACCCGUAAGAAGAUGGUGGUAUCAAUUGCAGAGGCAGCUGACGCAAUCAACAUUCCACGUAUGUUGAUUGAUAUCCGUCAUGAGGGUUCUCACCGUGAUCUCCCUUCACUCAGACUGGUUCGCCUUGCUUCAAUAAAGGCACUUGACUGGCUAAAGUCUUACUACUGGGAGCCUCAGCAGAAAGCAAUUAGAUUUCAGAGUCACGCAACUGCUAGUCUCAGAAAAGAAAUCAAGGCUGCAUUUUGUCAAUUGGCCUUCUAUUUGAAAGUAAAGCAGGAUACUGGGUCAUCUUCUUCACUAGCUAAAGAAAAAUGUUUGAAACAUCAUGAAAUUCUUUGGGGGCGUAACAAGUUUCUCUCUCUUAUGACCGGCAAAACACUGUCUUCAAAGUCUGGAGGUCCUAGGAGACAGGUUACAAAGGCAUUGAAAAAUCUUGUUCACUUAUAUUCUUCCUUCUCCUCAGAUGUAGUUUCUGUGUUAAUAGACCUUCUGCUGAAGGAAUCACAUGCUGCAGAUUUUGCCGAGGUCCCCAAAACUUGUCAAGUCAGUGAGGGUACAGAUCAGAUGCAGAGUGCAUUUGAUGACUGGAAGCCUAUCAUUGCAAAGUUGUCAAAUAAGGAACCAGAGUUGCUUAUGACUCUUAUUAAGUUGGUCCUUGAAAUCAUUGAGACUGAAGAAGGCAAGAAAUAUGGAAAUGAUUCCAUAUUGGAGAAUAUAGUGGAGGUUCACCACAUUGAAAGACUUUCACAUCUGGUCAAGUGGUUGGUCGAAAAUCUCAAGGGCCUCAAGCUUACUGCCACGCGCAGGAAAGAUUCUGGUAAUGCAGCCGAAGGUUGUUCAGCUGAUUCUAGUAGUUUGCCAAAGUCAAUUCUUGUAGAGCUUCUACGUAAAUGUCUUCUGGCUUCAUGGCCUGGCAACGAGCAGCUCAGGAAUUCGGCCUUAGUGCUCGCGCACAUGAUUGGAAAUAGCUCAUUGAUUGACAAGCUCAACAAACUCCACUGCUUGCUGGCUCCACCUACUACUCCAAUGUGGGUUGAUGAACAAAACUCUUCCAUCUCUAAUCACCAAGACAUCCUCGCUCAGCACAGGGAGUCCAUUCGUAAAGCAGAGGCUUUUAACCUUCACCAAAGGCAGCAGAAGAAGAGCAAUGUGGUGAAGGCAGGGGAUGGGGGCGUCACAGGAUGGACUCUGGCGAAAUCAUGGAACAAAUGCCCGAUCGGAAUGCUGCCUCGUGACAUCGGUUCUUCUGGUCGCCUUCCCGUUCUGGACUGCUUCAGCGAUGAACAGGCAUUAUCAGAAAGCAGCAGAGAAUUAAGGGAGGAGGAGGAGGGGGAGGCUACGCGCAAGAGAAAACCGGACUGGGAGAUUGAGCUGUUGAAGAAGUCGAGUACAAAGAAGAAGAAGAGAAGGGAGAUGGAGUUGGAUGAUGCCCAGGAAUCAGAUGGUGAGGAUUUGGAUGCUGCUGCAUCAUCUUGGGAAGGCCAGCUGAUGAUGGAUGGGGUAUGGAAGAGAGCUGGGGAGGAAGAGCUGCGUGCCAUUGCAUCAGCUGUAAGAAUAUUGGUUUAGUUCAUCCUAAGGUUUUAUUAUAAGAUGAAUUGAGGAUGAUGAUGAUGAGGGACCUACCCAAAUUACUUUUGUGUGGGAGUGGGGUGGGGUGGGGUAUUUGGAGAAAUUGUAUAAAUUAUGAAUCAGAAAAGCAAGCCAGUUGAUGAUGAUAUUGGCCUUGUGGGUUGGUCAAAAGGCAGGCAUUUCUGAGCAAAUAGAUCCCCCCCCCCCCCUCCCCCUUCUUUUUCUGAUUUUUUUUUUUUUUAAGGCAGGCAGUCAGGCAGCAAUAGCUAUUUUCUUUUUUUAUUUUUACUGUGGAAGAGUGGGUGCGGGAGAAUGUUUCAAGUUUCUACUAUAGAGAGAGAAAAUACAAAAUAUAAUAAUUACUUUGACAUCUCUCAAAUAUUAUUCUGUGUGUGUUUUUUAAUGUCACUUUAACUUUCACUACAUUGCUAAAUGGAGAUCGAAGUCUGGAAAGUUAUAAUAACAAAGGGGAAGAAAAAAAAAGAAAAACACAAAAGAAAGGAAGGAAAGAUUUUAUCACAACCCAGCUAAAGUGUCGCUGCAAUGGGCGGAAGGAAGUCAUCUGAUCGGACGAACGGUGGAGGAAAGUAGGUCCGGCAGGGGCGACCUGAGAACACAUAAUGAAAGGGUGGGAGAUUUUGCAUCUCGCGCACAUGAACAUGAUGUGAUCUCACGUCGCCCCUGUUGGACCCUUCCACCUCUUUGCACCACUACCACCACCACUACUGCUACUGCAU